ACCAACUGCAUCUGAUAUCCAUAAAGAAUUAUCAAGAUGGAGCCUUAUAUUAUAUCGUAAAGCUCCAAAAGAUAAAGAUGAAUUAAUGAUAUUAAAAGCAUUCCAGUGUGCAGAUAUGAUUAUUCCAACAUUAUCAACAGAAUUACCAAUUUGUCCUAAAGAUAAACUAACAA